AUCAAUAUAUGUACUUUAUUCUAUUGCAACAAAGAUAAAUGUAUGCAUAUUCUAUAAUCGUAAUAAUAUAGGAAAUAAAUUAAAUGUAUCAUGUAUUGACAGUAAAAUAUAAUAUCGUAGCUAAUAUAGUAGAUUGAUUCAUAUAUGAAAAAUUCUAGAUUAUUGUGAAUAGAAACAGGACAACGAUCAGAUACAGCAUAAUAAUCUCCAUAUAUUAGUUUACAAAAGCUUCGUUGUCGAAAAAAAUAUACGGUAGAAUUUGCUACAUGCGAAUGAAUCUAUUAUAUUGGCUGUGACAUCACAUUUUACUGUAAAUAUUUAUUAUGUUUGACUUGUAUCCUAUAUGAUUGUGAUUAUAGGAUGUGUAUAUAUUUAUCUUUUCUGUGAUAGAAUAAAGUGCAUAUAUUGAUGAAAAAGGUGGAGAGAAUAUCAAAGAAAACAGAAGAUGAAAGAGAUGAGACAAUGCCAAUUGCCAAUAAGGAGCAAAUUCUCGAGAAAAGAAGAGAAGAAGAUAAAAAUGAAAAGAGAGAAGCCGUCGUUAGUAACAUAUUUUUGUUAAGCAUAUUUUUUUUCUGUCAACUGACGUAUAAGCGAAUUGUAAACAUGGUUUAUUGGUAUUAUUGGCAGAGAACAUAAAAGAGUGAGUGCUAUGGUGUCGCUGAUCGGAAGAAGUAUCCAUCUUCUUUUUCACUAUCUAUUUCUUUCACAGUAUAACGGAGCUCGUGCAUACAAAGAGACAAACAUUGAAACAUGUCGUUUUAGGUGCACCAGCCGUGAGUCGUUAUGUACGAAGUAGAAAAUUUCAUCUAGUUGAAAAUCAACCAAAUUUACCUGAUCAUGAUUUUCCAAGACGUGGUAUUAGAAUCAAUCCGUCGGCAUAUGUUGUUUUAUCUAAUAUACGGAAACGAUCAUCUAGUGUUGAUAAUCAUCCAUCAUGUGAAUUAAAAACCAAGAAAAGAUCAAGAUCAUGUGAUAUUCAAUUAUUUCCAGAUAUAAAGCAACGUACUAUUAUGACGACCGAUAAAAGAAAUCUUGAACAUGUGAUAUGGAGUAGAACAGGACAAUUAUUUAUUCGUCCAUUUGGCUCUGGAACCGAUCAAUCAAUUAAAGCAACAAGUGAAGUUCAUAUCAAUAAUAUACAACAGAUAACAACAGAAAAUAAUAUGAUAUUUCAUAAAAGUGUUAUUACAAUCAUAUCUGAUAAUGGACCGGAUUGGAGUACUGAUUGUAUGGCGAACAUUUAUAACUUAGGACGAUUUUGGGAAGAGCAAAAAUUGGAUGCAUUAGUUUGGGUUAGUUAUGCUCCAGGACAUAGUCGUUUUAAUCCAAUUG